AACCGCUCUCUGUUUUGACUCCAUGAAUGUGUGACUGCGUAUGUCGCCUCCUUUCCCCCACUAAUCCACCCCGUUACAAUUUCUGCUCCCCUCCAGCGCCGACAGCGCGAUGGCAGCGGCGGCCCCCAAUCCAGAGGACUCCAACAGGAGCAGCGGUAGCGGUAGUGGAACCGGCUCACCCAGCGGUCUGGCUGGAGACGGGGACGCGGAAGAGGCCGAGGACUUCACCUCUUCCUCGCAUUGCUCGGAGCUGACUCGGCGGCAGAACGAGCAGAGGAAGCAGGGCUUGUUCUGCGACGUGACGUUGGCCUUCAGCAGCGGAGCGGCCACAGGCAACGUCCAGAGCUGCGAGUUUACUGCCCACAGGUCCGUCCUGGCUGCAGCCACGGACUAUUUCCCGCCCCUGCUGGGUGGACAGUUCUCCGAGUCCCUGUCCGGGAGGGUAGAGCUGAAGGAAUGGAGCUCGGAGCUCGGGCCAGACCCGGAGACUGUGGAGAGUGUCAUCCAGUACAUGUACAUCGGUGAAAUACGCGUCAGUACCUGCAAUGUACAUGAGGUACUGGAGCUAGCUGACAGGUUCCUCCUGCUGCAGCUGAAGGAUUUCUGUGGCGAGUUCCUGAAGAAGAAACUAAGCUUGACCAACUGUGUGGCAGUGCACAGUCUAGCCCACAUGUACACCCUGGAUCAGCUGGCUCUACGGGCUGCAGACAUGAUCCGACGCAACUUUCACAAGGUUAUCCAGGAUGACGAGUUCUACACGCUUCCCUUUCACCUGGUCCGUGACUGGCUUUCUGAUGCAGAGAUCACAGUGGACUCUGAGGAGGUGCUAUUUGAGGCAGUAGUGAAGUGGGUGCAGAAGAACCCGGAGGAGCGAGGUCGCUAUUUCGAGGAGCUGUUUCGUCUCCUGAGACUUCCCCAAAUCAAGCCCACCUACCUGACCAGGGUGGUGAAAAAUGAGGGCCUGGUGGCUGCCAAUGAGGCUUGUCUCCGGCUGGUGUCGGAGGCAGUGGAAGGCCAUGCUAUUCGUUUUGAAAACCUUAAAUCCGCAGAUAUGGAGCUCUGGUCUUCCCACCUGGCGUCCUUUCAGCCUCGUUUUGGCCAGAACAUGGACGUUAUCAUGGUAGUUGGCGGAGUGUCAGAAGGGGGGGACUACCUGAGCGAGUGCGUUGGCUACUUCAUUUACGAGGACCGCUGGGUCAACCUGCCGCAUAUUCACAACCACCUGGACGGCCACGCCAUUGCUACCACAGAGUCCCACAUCUAUGUAGCUGGCUCUAUGGAACCAGGGUUUGCUAAGACAGUGGAGCGUUACAACCCCAACCGCAACACCUGGGAGCAGGUGAGCAACUUAACCACACGCAAGCAUUCCUUUGGCCUCACCUGCAUUAAGGAUAUCCUGUACAGCAUUGGUGGCCAUGGAAACUUCAGUCCAGGUUUCAAAGACGUCAGUGUUUACGAACCUGAGCAAGACAAGUGGCACAAUCUGGAGUCCGCCCCAAAAAUCUUGCGAGAUGUGAAGGCCGUGAGUGUGGAGGACCGCUAUGUUUACGUCACGGCUCGCACACCUGUCGAUACGGAUAAUGAGGAUGGACUGAAGACAGUUACCACUCGUUAUGACACAGAGAGUCGCCAGUGGCAAGACGUUGACUCCCUCCCACUUAUUGACAACUACUGCAUCUUUCAAAUGGCCGUGGCGUCCACUAACUUCUACCACACGGCCUCCUGCUGCCCCAAAAGCUACACAGUGCGGGAUGAGGUUGCCAAGCAGAAGAUCAGUGUGCGCAUCUCUGAUGAGAUCCUGGAGAGUCUGCCACCAGAGGUCACCAGCAUUGAAGGUGCAGCCAUUUGCCACUUUGAUGAAGACGUCUUCAUCAUCGGAGGUUGGAAGAACAGUGAUGAUGUGGACAAGCAAUACCGUAAGGAGGCUUAUCGCUACUGUGCUGAGAGGAAGCGCUGGAUGCUGCUGCCGCCCAUGCCUCAGCCUCGGUGCCGAGCCACCGCCUGCCACGUCCGUAUUCCGUACCGCUUCCUUUAUGGCUGUCAGCGCUACCCAAUGCCCCAGAAUUUGGCCCGUCAGCGAGAUCGCAUGCAGCAAAUGCAGCAGCUUCACCGGCGCACCCUCACCCUGCGCCGGCAGCUUCAGUCACAGAUAGAGUGUUAAACUGAUGUCUACUCCAGCCAAGAAGACUUGUGGCUCUAUCUGAAGAUCCACUGCAAACCACCAUGCCCUUGCAAACAUCACCAUUUUGUACAUAACACGUUGCAGUGGGUCUUGUGCUGCGCUCACACUGCAUUUCAUCAACCUUAACUCUGUGCCAUCUGCUCGCAUACGAUUGUGUGUUUAUGGCUGAUUUGUGGAAAGCCAUGUGUAAUAUGGACAGGUACGUGGUGCUCUGUGACGGAGGACACGGCAGAUGUAAACAUGUGAAUAAGAGUGUUAUAAACUGUAAGAGCCAACUACAAAAUAUCCUUUUGUCAAGUAUGUUGGUGUAGAUCCUGUUUAAUAGUAUAAAGCUGUAUAUGUAUACAUUUAUAUGGAUAUUUUACAUUCCUUAUUGUAUGCCUGUGAUGAAACUAAUAACGGCAUUCCUGAAUCCAGUCCUACUUGCUUAAUGAAAUCUCAUUCCACUGUAACACUGUGACAAUCUCUUCAUGCAACAUCCGUCUUACUUACGUUAUAGUUGCUCUAUUAGAAUGGCACUGCUCGUUGCUGUGCGGCCUCUAUAAUUUAAAAUGACUUGAUUCAGAGAGGCUAUUAUUCUUGGAGUGCUGUAGAGUAGUUUGCUUUUAGAUUGCAGUUCAUCUUCGGUAGCUUUACAGAGUAUAUUUCUGUGACUUUUGUUGCUCUCGUAACUCUUUAAAAGUAGAAAUGUUUCUCCAGAGUUCAGAAGAGGUGAAAUGAUGAGAGAACUGCAAUAUUCAACAGGAAAAAAAAAAACUGUCAACUUACCUGAAUGCAAUAUCAUUUCAUUUAGGACCAAUCAUUAACAAUGGCUUAAACAUUCCUUUCUUUUGCACUUUGCCAGUCUGGUUAUUGGUGUCUUAGCAUUAAUUUGAAGAAAGGUACAUGGAAUAUGUGUAUAUGAGUGUGUACGAUUUGCGUUUGCAGGGUGUUGUCACUCUGCAAUGAAUGGCAAUUAAACUCUGGAAUUGAAUUGAAUGAAUGGUAGUUUUUUAAAGUCUUACAGAGGCGUGGGGAUUAAAGCUGCACUUUGACUUUGCCUGUGUAUUUGUUUCAUAUCAGACAAGGUGAUUGUAUUUUGGAAAUCUUACAGCCAGUAAGUUUUGAGAAAAAAAGAAAAAAUACACUUGCAAAUUUGUUUCCCCAAAUUAAAUGUUUUGUAAAAUAUUGUGUUCUUGUACUUCAAUGCCAGCUUGGUGUAUGUUAGAGAUCUGCUAUGUUCUGCUCUGUGGUCUCUCUCCACCCUCGCCCCAACUUAUAGCAGAGAGCACUCAGAGUUCAGAAAUAAUAUUCAUUUAAUGACCAACACAAGCAGCACUAAAACGCUUCAGUGGAUUAAGCUAUGUAAUUUAAUUUGCAUGUGAUAUUUUGACAUUGUGUCCCUAAUAUUGGAUGUAACAAAUGCUAAUGUCAUCAUUUGCAAUUAAAGUUGUUUUCUAAG